AUGGAUCUGCUGCUGGCGAAGGCUAUUUGCAUCUUCACCUUCCUGUGCGUGGCAACGUUCGGAUGCUCCAUCCCAUACCUGAUAGGUCUCCUCGGGAACAGAAAGAAUGCUGAGCAUGAGAAUAGAAUAAAGGGCAUCCUAUCCAAUUUGAACUGCUUUGGUUCGGGGUUCAUAUUUUCCAUCGUGAUGUUUCACCUCCUCCCCGAGACGAUUAUGAUAGUCACUUCUCACAACCAUAUUGUUUUAUUUAAUUCUUCCGACCCAGAAGCUAAAACGCUGUUCAUUUUUUUAUUCGUUUUUAUUGGCUUUGCUAUGCAACUGGCAUUGGAAUAUGUUCUUCCUGUGGAUGGGAACAUGUGCUGUGUGGUGAACGACAAUGUCAAGUCCAUGCUGGAAGAUAAUUUUGCCAAAAACAAGCACCAAAGCAUGAAGGGCGACUCCAUGAACAUCGAGAUGCACAGCGUGACGGUGAACGAACAUCAGUACCACCACGCAUGCGACAGCGAACAUUUCAAGAAGCAACAGAACAUUGUAAAGUUCCUUCACGUGCUAACACUGCAGUCGUUUUUUCUGACCAUAUCACUGGCGGUGCAUUCGUGCAUUGAAGGAAUGAUUGUUGGAACGUCAGACGAUGCUAACUUUGUGUUUAUAAACUCCUUUUGUAUUUUGUCGCACAAGUGGAUCGCAGGGGUGACGGUCGCCCUUUCGUUGAACCAGAACAACAUAAGCAAAAACCUGAAGAUCAUCCUGCUAAUCAUUUUCAUUUUUUCCUCGCCUCUUGGGAUAAUCAUUGGGCACCUAAUAAAAUCUUCGGGUGAAAAGGUCACGUGCCUGAUUAACGCUGUUUCUAUCGGGACCCUGCUCUUCAUUGGAUGCGAGAUUUUGUUAAACGAAAUAAAGCAAAAGUUCAGUCGCAAGAUACGAUUGGCCAAAUGGUUGAGCUUCUGCUCCUCCUGCGUAAUUGCCUUCCUUCUCAUUUUGGUGACGCAACACUUCGCCCCCCACACUCACGCGAAGAGUCACGAUCAGGGUUACGGCCACAUCAGUAACCACCACCACGAACAUUGA